CAGAAUGGGAUUGAGACGCUCGCAACCCUUUAAAGUCCAGUUGUAAACAGAUCUGCACCAUGCACAGACCCACACCGAUUCGGUUGGGAUUGUUCCGCUUGGAGGAUGGGAUUCGGACCGUUCGCACCAGCUCUCGUCUUCCUCUGACUUUUUUGACCUGCGCCUCCCAGUUCCAGUUACUUGAAGCUAGCCUUCCCCACACACCCCUAAUUUGCCCCUCUUCUCCAGAAAGGGAGGAAAAAAAAAUCAAAAGGGUUCUUUUUCUUUUUCUUUUUCCCUUUCCAUCCUUCCUGUCUCUGUCUGCGAGUACGAUCCAAAAAGUUUGAACCCAAAGUAGGAUUAAAUCAACAACCGCAAAGCCUCAUUCCUGGCAGAGGCUUCUUGUUGGUUUAAAAGAACCGCUGCAGAGCUGGAGCAAGGGCUCGGUUUAAGGAUCCUGUGACGAAUACUCUGGGGGGUAAUAAAAAAACAAACCAGAGGCUCUAGCCAGGCAGUGGGCGCUCUGGGCAUCCUCCUCCUCCUCCUCCCCCCCCCCCAGUCCCGCCCCUUCAAGCUUCAGACAACCCUCCCCAGGCAUUUUUUUUCCUCCUUUUCCUUUUUCCUUUUUUUUUGCAAGACUGCCUAGCUCAGCUGAAGGACUCGGGGCAGUCGGAGAAACUUCAGAAGAAAGAUAAAACGAACUUUUGGAGGGGAGUCCCAGCAAGUUCUGGGCGCCGUUUGGCGAAAGCCCUUUCUGCAAAGUUAAGGGUACUGCAUGAAACAGAACUGACAGCCACGAUGCCUGCUUUCUUUCGGAAAAUGCUAGUCUUCUUGGUCCUCUUCCUCACAAGUGUGAAAGAAAUCAGCUCCCUGGAAAUUACUCCCAGUGCCCACGAAGUUGUCCUCAAUCUCUACACUGAUUUUACCCUGAAAUGUUCAGGCAAUGACGAGGUUAACUGGGAAACAGACAACAAGCAUACCAAAUUAGACACUGUGCUGGAGAAAAGGGGCACCAUUUUUACCAACACCCUCACGUUAAGGAACUUGACUGGUUUGAACACAGGUGAAUAUUUCUGUACCAGCAAUCAACCCCUGGAUGGAAAGGCCAUCUACAUUUUUGUGCCAGAUCUCUCCAUGCCUUUCCUACCAAGCACCCAGGAAGACACCUUUGUGUUCAGCACAGGCUUUGUUGAAGUCAUUAUUCCUUGCCGUGUGACAAACCCCAAUGCCACGGUCUCUCUUCAUGAAAAGAGGGUUAAUGAUCCAGUCCCUGGAAUGUAUUUUCCACAGCAAGGCUUUAAAGGACAGUUUGAAGACAAAGCCUAUAUCUGCAAGGCAACGAUAGAAGAUGAAGAGUUUGAGUCUGAAACAUUCUAUGUCUACAAUAUCGAAGUUUCUUCCACUCCUACAUCCUUCAUCAAUGUUUCUAUCAGUGCGGUGCAAACUAUUUUGAAACAAGGUGAAAAUAUCAUUGUGACAUGUACCGUAAAGGGCAUUGAGUUGAUCAGUUAUAUCUGGAGUUAUCCUGGACAGAUGGUAGGCAAGGAAGUAGAACCCGUGACACAUAUCGUUCCAGGAGUCAAACAUCAUACUAAUUCCAUCCUAACCAUUCCAAAUGCAGACUUUGAUGAUCAAGGUCUAUAUGUAUGUGAGACCACGGAUACAUAUUUUGGACAAAAAGAAGAAAAAAGUAUCUUUAUCAGAGUGAUUGAGCGUGGCUUUGUGACUUUUCACACUGUUCUGAAUGAGACCGUAUUUGCAGAACUCCACAAAAGUCACACCUUUUUGAUACAGAUCGAAGCCUAUCCAACUCCAACCAUCAUCUGGUUUCAGAAUAACAAGCCCCUGACUUCUGAGAGCAACAGUGAUUUUGCUAUCAACAGCAGGAAUUUGUCAGAAACCAGGUAUCAAACUACUCUGACCCUCGUAAGGGUGAAAGCAAGUGAGGGAGGUUUGUACACUGUCCGAGCAUUUCACGAAGAUGACUCAAAAGAGCUCUUCUUUCAUUUGCAGAUUAAUGUCCCAGCUACAGUGACUGAGCUGAGAGACAGUAGCAACAAAACAAAUGGUGAGCAAACAGUGAUUUGUACUACAGAAGGAAUGCCCCAACCAGAGGUUACCUGGUAUACCUGUAAUAAUGACAAAUGGUGUGCAGGAGCAACUACUAAGAUCCUGGGAAACACCUCAGAAGAAAUGAAUCUGCAAACAAAUUUCACUUAUGAAGAUGACCGAAAAAUAUAUGUUGUGACAAGCAAGCUCCACUUUCACAGAGUAGAUGAGCCUAUCUUUAUCCAAUGUGCAGCUCAAAAUCUCCUUGGUGCACACACUCAGCAAAUCACACUGGUUCCAUACAAUCUACCUUUUAAAGUGAUCGUUAUUUCAGUAAUCGUGGCUUUUGUGAUUCUUAUGGUUCUUUUCCUGGUGAUCCUCAUUUUCUUGUGGCGAAAAAAGCCUCGAUAUGAAAUUCGCUGGAAGGUGAUUGAGUCCGUCAGCUCUGAUGGGCAUGAAUAUAUCUACGUGGACCCUAUGCAACUGCCUUAUGAUUCCAGCUGGGAGGUCCCAAGGGACAGGCUGGUUUUAGGACGUACAUUGGGCUCUGGAGCCUUUGGCCGUGUGGUGGAAGCAAUUGCUCACAGCCUCAGCCAUUCCCAGUCCACCAUGAGAGUUGCUGUGAAAAUGCUCAAGUCCACAGCCCGAAGCAGUGAAAAGCAGGCUCUGAUGUCAGAACUGAAGAUCAUGAGCCACCUUGGGCCUCACUUGAACAUUGUGAACUUGCUUGGUGCUUGCACCAAAGGAGGUCCCAUCUACAUCAUAACCGAAUAUUGUCGCAAUGGAGACCUGGUGGACUAUCUACACAGGAACAAGCACACCUUCCUGCAGUGCUACAGUGAGAAGGCCAAGCAAGAAGCAGAAUUGUAUGGGAAUGGCAUGCGUGUGGACCGGCUGCAAAGCCAUACAUCCAUAUCUGUAGAAAGUGACGGAGGCUACAUGGACAUGAGUAAGGAUGAAUCACUGGAUUAUGUGCCCAUGUCUGACAUGAAGGGUGAAAUCAAGUAUGUAGACAUUGAUUCUUCCAAUUAUGGUGCGACCUAUGAGCUGGACAGCUAUUCGCCUUCAGCUUCAGAAAAAGCGACCUUGAUCAGCGAGUCUCCUCUUCUCACCUAUAUUGAUCUUGUUGGAGUCAGCUUCCAAGUGGCUAAGGGAAUGGAGUUCUUAGCUUCUAAAAACUGUGUGCACCGUGAUCUGGCUGCAAGAAACGUACUGAUCUGCGAAGGGAAACUGGUGAAGAUCUGUGACUUUGGCCUAGCCAGGGACAUCAUGCGGGAUUCAAAUUAUAUUUCCAAAGGAAAUACCUUCUUGCCUUUGAAAUGGAUGGCCCCUGAGAGCAUCUUCAACAACCUCUACACUACCUUAAGUGAUGUGUGGUCUUUCGGGAUUCUUCUAUGGGAAAUAUUCACUCUAGGUGGGACUCCAUAUCCUGAACUGCCUAUGAAUGACCAAUUCUAUAAUGCUAUUAAACGUGGCUACCGGAUGUCCAAACCUACCCAUGCAUCCAAUGAAAUCUAUGAAAUUAUGCAGAAAUGCUGGGAAGAGAAGUUUGAGAUUCGACCUUCUUUCUCUCAACUGGUACUUCUUAUGGGGAACCUGCUAACAGACAGCUAUAAGAAGAAGUAUCAACAGGUCAACGAAGAGUUCUUGAAAAGUGAUCACCCUGCUAUUAUGCGUACAAGGCCCAGGAACACAGGAUUCAGUCCUUCUAGGUCCACUGCAAGUGACAGUGUCAGUUCAAGUUCUGUCCUCUAUACAGCUGUGGAGCAGAAUGGAGUGGACAAUGAUUAUAUCAUUCCUUUACCUGAUCCAAAACCAGAGGGAGACAAUAAUAACCCUCCGGAGGCCUCUAGCAGCAGAGCAAGUUCAACUCUGAAUGAAGCAAACACUUCAUCUACUAUAUCUUGUGACAGUCCUUUAGCCCCCGAGCAAGAAGAAGAACAAGCAUCUGAGUCAAAAUCAGAUUGCUAGGGUUACCAGUGCUCUGUGUUCCUGUAUAUGCUAGUACUGGGGAAUUCCACCCAGUGGGAAAACGUGCAUAUCUCCCUUCAUUCAAUCAUAUCAAAAUACAGUUGCAGCUUAUCCCUCCUUCGUCUGUAACCUAAAACAGAAGCCUGGAAUUAUCGAAAGAGGUCCUUUCUGAGACCAGGAGUAUUGGAGUAGGACCACAGACUAAAUCAGAACAAUUCAAGUCAGUAUUGUGUGAUAAUUCAUUGUGGCUUCUGAACUGGGAUUACGUUUUUUUCAACCUUUAAUGCAGAAUUUGCUCUUCCGUCACGAUACGCAUUGGUUCGUCAUUCACGUUUCCACCUGCUAAAUCAGAAUAUCAGAAGAAAACCUAUAACAUAUUAUCUUCACUUAAUAGCCACAAUAAUUUCUGGAUGAAAUGGCUCUCCCCGUGACAAAAGCACGUCUCCAUAAGGUCAAGCAAAAGAGUCUACCGGGCCCAAUUGGGACAAAUGCCUUUUGAUUCUUGCAACUUUACUUGACCGUUACUCGCUUACUGGAUUAUCAAGUGAUGCUUUUAAAAAUGUAUCCUUAGAAAGGAUAGAAAAUGGACAGAUGAACAGGAGAAGUCCCAUGCAGAAAUCACUCAAGACUCAGAAAAGUCUUGUCCAUUGUUUAAGAUUUAUAAUUACUGAACUUCAAGCUCAGACAUUUAAGCUGGAGCCUGCCUUUCUUCUUUCAUUUCAGCAUUCCAAGGUAAAUGCUGAUUCUGCAGCUGCCCGGGCAGUAGCUGAGGACAGUAGCUAAAGCAGCAUUUUUUGGGAAGAAAAAAAAAUACAGAGUGCAUGGAGACUCAUCUAAAGAUUGAGGCAAGUCAUCAAAAGGAACAAUCAAUGUUACAUUUUCAGCAGACUGCCUUUUCAUUGGAUAAAAUGAAGAGAUUAAAAAGGAAUGCUUGGAUUUAUCCAAGACCGUAAGAGGAUGAAAAAUGGAUCAUACAUUUUUCCUCUUUCUGCUUGUGCACUUUGUAAGCAAAAAGCCUCACUGCCUAAUUGGCAGCUAUAUCUUUGGUUUAUUUCAGAGGGUUAUUAGUAACCGCCAUUGUAUUCUGUUGGAUCCUAGAGGUAUUCAGUUGCAACAGGUAGAUCUUGGGAAAUGUAGCCUUUGAUGGGACUUUUAACUAAUACAAAAUCCUAAGGCUGUAGGGCUGAUUAGGAAAUUUAAAAACUUUCCCAGGAUGCAAGAAGCAAUUUUAUUGUGGCCAGUUAAGCUACAUUGGCAUGCAUUUGUCAUUUCCAGCAAUUGGACUUGAUUAUCAUUAUUCAGUUUUUUUGAGGCUGGAGACAGUACUUAAUAACUUUGGGCUGCAAUACCCACUGCCCAAAAUACCUUCAAGCAUGCUCAAAAGUGGAUCUACUUCCUAGGCAGAAAAAUUUAGGAGAUUUAGGUCCCAUACCAGUUCCUAUGUGCCUUACCCUACAUAAAUUGGAGGUCUCCCACCAUUCAUUUAGUGCCCUAUCUGUAGUAAUAUGGCACAAUGAAGAGGAUUGCUUUGGCUGUGGCUGCCAUCUUGCCUUUUUUAAUCCACUGACGAUACCUCGGUACUCCCCAUUGGCUGCUACUUAGGUUUAAUGAGCAGGUAGCCGAAAUGCUUUUGCACAUUUCAUGUCUCCUUUGCUCUGCACAAUGCAAACAUGUAUUCCAGUUUUGCUUCACUCAGAAAGCAACCUAGUAUAAAAGGGCUUUUUAAAAAAAAAUUCUAGUGUCCUCUUUUCUACCAGAGGUAGUUCUAAAGUGCCUCAUUGUCCUCUUUUUAAAAAGUAUUUUAGCUACUUUUGAUCACAUUGUAUUAAUAGUAGAACAGGUAUAUUAUAUACCUAUAGUUAGGGUAUGUGUGCGUGCGUGUGCAUGCGUGAGUAUCAUACAGAUAGACAGGAGGGUAUAUAUAGUGAUUAUUUUCCUCUGGUCGAUCUAUUAACAAUUUUCCAUUUUUGAAAUAAUAUUCAUAUUUACCUCCUUAGCUUUUCUCAAUGUUAUAUUUGGUUGUUGUUUUUUUAAGGCACAGUCAGACUAUUUGUUAUAAACAAUUAAUUGAUGUGGCAACAAUAGAGUUAGGGAAUGUUUGCAGGCAAACAUGCCAAUUUAAAGUCCAGUGUUACAAUAGCUAAAAUGAAUUAUUCUAUAAAUUAUGGCCAGUACUAUGUCUAUCUCCUUCAAAUAUAUUAUAUACUUUUUUCAAUCAGCUUUUAAAAUUAUUUUGUGAUAACAUUUUCUAUCACCCAACUGAUUAUAUUGUCUAUUGAAAAUACAAAAAGCAUCAAGCCUCUAAUUGUAUCAUAAGGUUUCUGAGAAGGGAACCCAUAGUUAGAUCUCUAAUAUGCUUUUUAGCCAUUAAUAAUAUAGCAUCACUACAACUUACUCCUACAUUCCUAAAUGUUUUAUUUUAUGGUAUAUAUUUUUAAUUUUUAGCUUACUUUGUACAGGCAAUUAUAGUUUUUCAAAUGAAUCAUACAUUGCACAUUUGUCACAAACUGAUUUAAAACAAAUUUAAAAAUUGAACAGUUAAUCAUUUCAGUGGUCAAAUAGUUUAGUUCCCAGGUAGGCCACCUGCCUUCAAGUGAAGCCAGGAUCCAUUCUUUACAUCUUUUCUUAAAAUAAUAAGGAGGCAGGUCAAAAGUUAGACAGGCAGCUAACAAAAUUAUGGGAUGGGAUAUCGGUGUAGGUUUGCUUAGUUUUUUAAGAACGCAGGGCCAGAUACAAUUCACAGCAGUAUUAGCUCAGAUUAUUUUUUUAAAAAAAAACUUUAACAGUUUCCUUGACAAGGAGCUUCAUUUGCCUUUCAGCGCACUGAACUGAACAGUUUUUCAAUUGCAUUUCUUGGGGUUUAGGUGCUUUAGGUAAAAUUGUUUCCGGCCAAGAGGAACAACCAAGGACACUGCCAAUACAGAGCACCCCACCAAUAUCACCAUGUCGUAGUGUGAAGUACUAGUACAUUAUUUUCAGAAACAUUUGUUGAUCUAAGGUAAAGAUUGGUUUUCUUCCAUAGAAGACUGUUCUGCUGCUGCUACUGCUUCUCCUCACUCAGCUAAUCUGUCAGAAAGAAAAUUGAUAAGAAAUCUCCCUUCCCCUAACUCCAAAUUAUUAGAUGCUAUGCUUUUUUUCAGACACUUCCAUUCAUUCCAAUUUGCUAGGUCUCCUAUCCCAAAUAACACCAAGCCCUCCCAGUUCUAACUUGUCCUCCUGAAGUUAGAUGAGUGAGCAAUGUUGAGUCCUUCACGUCGGCUAGAUGGAGAGGACAAAGCAAGAGUCGAUUAACCAAAGGGCCUUUAUGGUGUCGUGAAUUUAAUAGCCAUAAUUUGACCUACAAUAAUAAUAUAAUAUUUUUAAACAGAAUCAUUCACUACGGUACUUUUAUAUUGCUGAUAACUGGCUUGCUUGGUUAUUGGGUUUGUUUGAGAGUUUGUUUGUUUUUUUAUAUGUUUGUUUUGAUAAUAUUAAGAAGAGAGAAUUAAAACCAACAGUUUGUGUCUUGAAUGAAACAUGAUAAACCUGGAACGUCUAUCAAUUUUUGCAAACUUGGUUUCACCUUUAUUAAUUUUCCAUCUUUCUAUAAUGUUUUAGCCUACAAUUGUUGCAAUAUAGCUCAUAUAUUAUCUUUCUACAUCCAGCAACCACUAUUAGCCAGAUUUCAUAAAAAUAUUGUCACAGCUGUGUUAUUUUCAAAAUAAAUAACAUUUUUCUUAA